UAACCGAGCCAACCUUGAGAACGGAUGCGAAUGAGGAUCACGAGGACAUCAGGACAACUCUCUCGAAUCUCAAUCUGUUUCACACGGUCGUUCAAGGAAUGUCCGGCGUCGUCGCGACUCUUCGCGGAUCUCGGGAGUCCGAUGGAUUAUGCUGUCGGUUAGCGGAGAUGGAGUAAGACCAGCGAUAGAAUUGGCAAAAGUUAUUGCUAAACUGCGGAAAGAGCUCAACUGGGUACCGCGGAGGACCAUUAUAUUCUGCUUCUUUCAUGAAUUUGAGGAUACUUGCCGCACAAGUAUCCCUAAAUAUUUGCGGUCUAAAAUAAUGGCUUACCUAGCUGUUCAUGGUAGCGCUUUACAGGGGAAUGGGUGUCUUGCCGUGUCAGGAUCUGAUGUGAUAAAGUCGGUGGUACUUCAGGCAGUCGCUAUUGUACGUGAUUCUAUAUCCAAGGAAAAUUUUGAUAAGCUAAGUUUAUUUGAGUCCUGCAAGAAUGGUGAAAGUCUUGUACUUCUACCUAGGCUUCUCACAGACAUCCCACACACUUCAUUUGCUUUUCUGACCGUGAGGAAUUCCACGUCCUUAGAACUCAAUUCUGAUCAGCAAAUGCAAGCCCGUAAUAGAAUUAUUGCGCAAAUUAUUGGGCUCAGUAUAUGGAGGCUUGCAGAUAGCGUAGUUCUGCAUUGGGACCCAAAGGAUCUAGAGCAGGAAUUAAAAACAGCUCUGAAAAACUUUACUCCUCUUGAACUCAACGAUAUCAAAGAGAGAAUAUUUUCGGCGAUUGAUAAAUUAAUCGCAAGUAUGCACAAUUUGACUGAAACGACGAACAAAGGAGCAGAACUAAGCACACUGUCUGGUCGGAUGAAAAACGACCAAAUCAUGGACUUAGACCGAACAUUAUUAUGUCAGAAUAACGAUUUACGGUCAAAAACAGAUUUGGCUCUGAUCCCAACUAUCCUUAACGAACCACUAAAUAAGAUAGCAAUAUUUCUUGGAGAAAUGUUCCAAUGCUACGACAACGCAGCUAAAGUCUUGCAACAAGGAUGAAAUUUCUGUAACGGUAAAUGAUAACACUUGAAAUGUAAAAGUUUUGCAUGUAAUGAUUCAAAUUCGGAACGUGGAAUGUGGUAGCCUUUCUAGAAUUGAAAAGUUUUCCUCCAAACAGAUUUAGCGUACCAUUGUUCUAGCGCAGCUUGGAAUUGACUGAUUAGGGUAUUAGGCUGAUAGUAAAUUGGGAUAUCACCUGUUAUAGGAAUACUGCAUAGCUAUAAAAUAUUGCUGAAGAGAAUCGAGAAAAUUUAUGUU